AACACUUCCGGUUACCUCGCGUGCAAUUUGGCGGGAAAUAUUUCCUGCACACAGCUCAUGUGUAAAAAUGAUUGGCGAUAUUCUCGAAGGAAAAGAAAAAUCGAAACUUGUUCUUAUUAAAGAUACAGUUGAUCAGAGUGGAAAGCCAGUGCUGCUUAGCUUGAUUUGCAGCCUCGCAAAAAGGGUGGAGAGGGUCCAUGUGAUCUGUUGGGACAGAAAUCCAGGCCAUUUACAGUCAUGUAUCCCACAGCAAUACAGUUCAAGGGUGGUUUGUCAUGAUGGAAGCAGAGACUGUCUGGGUAUCCAUGACAAUGAGAGCCUUAGUGUGACCUCUGACCUUGUGUCAUACCUGACCUCACAUCCCGGUCACCAUAGCAACCCUGCACAUCACACUGUUGCUGUGGUGAUAGACAACCUCAGUCUCUCUUUGCUACACAGGGCUGCACCAUACACUUGUCGGAUAUUGGCCAAUUUAAGGGAUGCUAAAAUAAGCGGUGCAGAUGUGGAGCAGGUUGCUGCACUCCUCCAUGCUGAUCUCCAUGACAACCACAGCCUUACUCUGCUUGAGCACCUAGCAACCACCAUCAUCAAUGUGAUGCAGCCAAAAAUGGACCAGUUCCUCAUGGCAGCCAAUAUUCUUCAUAAGCGAUUAUCGGGAAAAGUUGUGAGAAUUACAGAGCAUUUCAAUGUGGAUGAAGAUUACAGGAUGUGUGAUGUCACUGAGUUGAAAUCUGUUGCGGAUAUACAGGCCACAUCUGAACCACCUCAGGUUGACCCAGCAGCCAAUCUGACAUUCAACUUGACCUUGACAGACCAGGAGAAAGUAGCUCGCAGCCAGGUCAAACUGCCAUAUACAUAUGACACGGAAAAACAGACCGAGACCCUGGAGCGCUCAGUCGGAGAGGGAAAGAUAUUUUACCAGCCCGACGAAGCCGAUGACUUUGAUGAGGAAGAUCCUGAUGAUGACCUUGACAUCUGACCUUGACCACAGCCUCCUGAGCUUCACCAUGGGAAUGAGUAUUGGCUCAGGCAAACAAGCAUCAUCACCAUGGCAACACAGCCUUCAUCGAAGCAAUCUGAUAUUUUACUUCAAGAAUAGAAGCACACUACAAAUGAAGAUUGAAAGUUUGCAUCACAUGUUUAGAUCGAUAAGGUUUGGGAUUAUGAUAUGUUAGAUAAAAUAUGUACAGUUUGUUAUAUAUGUAUUUUUAUGAUUUGAUAGGAAUUGAAAGAUACAUGUAUAUAUUUUGAGCAUUUAUGACAGGAGUAUUCUACAGUUUGAUGGACCAGGCCCCAAUUUCUCAAAACUUCUUAAGCUUAACAGGUUUAAGUCGCUUAUUUCAAUUAGCCAACAUACGUACUGAAAAUGGAUUUUGAUAAAUGAAAAAUGGUUUAUUCUUAUAUUCAUAUAGAUUAUUCCAACAUAAUUUCUAAAAAAUCUUGAAGAAGUAAAUAUAGCACAUUUUAUAGAACAACAAAAAUAGUGGGAUUAGCUUAAUCCUGUUAUAAGGGACUUAAGAGGUUUCGAGAAAUUGGGGCCAGUUGUAGACGAAAUAAUCUUUGUGGAAUGAUAAAGUCUGGUCAUCCUGUUGUGUUUCACAUUUGUUGCUGGAAAUAUAGAACUAUUUCCAUAAAAGUAUUGUACUGCAGAUGUUUUCCACCUCGGUGUAAAUGACAAAAUAUGUGGAUUUACCAGUAUAUUUGAAACAAAGAAAAAAGGCAAAGCCCCUUUGAAGUGCAUUAGUUUUAAGAAAUUUAAAAUUUACAAAAUUAACAUUUAUUUUUUUGUAAGGCCGAAAAAUAAUAAUUUAAAAGCCCUAAUUUACUUUAAAAACAGUAGGGUCAGCACCUAUAUCGUAGGUAGGGUCCAAAUGUAUCUUUUCUUAAGCCUUAAAUGUGUGAUUUUAGAGGCUAUGCUUUGUGCAAUAGUAUUAUUUUUAAUAUCAAGUUUUAAACAACCAUUGGUGUGUUAGGUUUGGAUUUCAAUUGUCGAGGCAAAAAGGAUUUAUGUGACAUAAAAAAUAGUCUAUUUCACUCUUAUUCUUUUGUGGAGUUUUGCAAAAAUAGACCCUACUAUUCACUAGCAUGAAAUUCCUAACUGUACAACUCAGUAUAAAUAGAUCUUAACUCAAACCUGAUGAAAUAAUUACCGUAUCAGUUCGUCCCCUAAAGCUCAAAAUACAAAUUUUGCUGCUUAAAAAGUAUUGAUGGUGGAAAUUGCUGUAUAGGAUUAAUGUUAAAAGUUUUAUGAAAUUUUACUGCAUCCAGUUUAUCUCAUCACAGUAAUUGUUGUACAGUUUGCAAUAAAUGUCCUGAGAUUUUUUUGUAUUGAAAUGCAGCUUACGCCCAAAACAGAGUAAUGUUAUGAUUUCUAGCCUUAUGAUCUUUAUUGAAACUGAACACAGCAUUUAUUUUCAAAUAUUCUUUGAUUGUUGCAUUUUCACAGUAAAUGUGUUAUGCUGGUUUUUUUCUCAAGGGCCUUUCUUAACAUGUGAGCAGAAAAUACAUACAAGUGUGAGAUAUGUGAUGCUGGUUUUUUGUUCAAGGGCCUUUCUUAACAAGUGAGCAGAAAAUCCAAACAAGUGUGAGAUAUGCUGUGCUGUUUUUUUUCUCAAGGUCAUUUCUUAACAAUUGAACAUAAAAUCUAUACAGAUAUGUUAUGCUGUUUUUUCUCAAGGGUCUCUCUUAACAAGUAAGCAGAAAAUAAAUACAAGUGUGAGA